UGAACGACGUGUUGAACAAUUGCAGGCUUUACAUUUUAUAAUGAAAUUUUUCCCUUUAAAGAUACAAACAAAAAUGAAUCAUUUUGCAGCACCUAUUACAUGAAGUUUAUUGGCGUGGGCAGUAAAAAUGGGAUCUGGAGCAUCAAACAUGUUCUCACAAAAUCCCAUGAAGAGAAACUUACCGUCUGAAGAUGUUCCAUCCUUUAAAAUUGUCCUUGUUGGAGAUUCAAACGUGGGGAAAUCAUCAAUAUUUCUUCGUUUCACAAAGGAACAAUUUGAUUAUAGUUAUCAGCCGACAAUGAACGUAAAUAUAGGAAAUGUUACCAAGAAGGUUCAGUUACCUUUUGAAACAUUGGUAUCACUAGCAAUGUGGGAUUUGCCAGGAAGAGAAGAGAUUGAUUUACGACGAAGUUAUUAUAAAGACAUUGAUGCUGCCAUAGUUGUUGUGGACUUAACUGACGAAGGUAGCAUUGACAUGGCUGGCACAUGGAAACAAGAUGUUCUAAACAACAGUUUCUACACUGAACAAUCAGAGCAUGGAGAAAAGAUACGAAAAAAAAGUAUGAAGUCUCAAAUGCAAGUUCCAAUUUUAUUACUUGGAAACAAAUUAGACCAGAUUUCAAAUGAUGCUGAAUCACUUAAUCAACCAAUUGAAAUCCAAAUGUUAGAGGAUACAGCACUGCAACAUAACUUUGUUGGAUGUGUGGCUGUCUCUGCCCGUGAUAGUGACGGAGGAGUGCAUGCUGCUAUACGUUCACUGGUCCGUUACUUGCUUCAAAAGAAGAUGCCGAAAAAGAUAAAGCAGCAAACCUCUGAAAGCACAAAUUUAAAAGAUGUUUUCAGCGAUCCAAACCAACAUGGAAUAUUUGCGAGAAAUUUAGGGAGCGUGGAUGAUCAUGCUUAUGAGCAAUUAAAAAUAUGCAGAAUCAAAAAAUUUGAUGACAUUUUUACCAUGUGUGACAAACAGAUCAAACAAGUGGAAAUAUGUUGCGUUAGUCUGCUUAUUGCGGUAAAGAAUUUUAAACGCGCGUGUUGCGUGUCUGGCGUCACUGACACAUAUAAAGCGAGUAUAGAAGAAUGCGUUACAGGUUUAAAAGAUUCAUUACGACACGGAGAAGAAGAAAUAUUAAUUGCGAUUGAAGAAGCAGGCUUUAUCAAGCUUAAAGUUGGUAAUAACAGCAGUGACAUUCCUGGACCAAUCAAAAGAGUUCUUGACAUUUAUGACAAAGAGGUGGGCAAAACGACGAAACGUGUCCUGACUCAAUGCCCGACACUCAAGAUAAACAUCACUGAUCAUUUGAACGAACUGAGUGCUCUUGAAGGAUCAGCAUUAGACAAAGCAACUAACCAAGGUUUGAACAAAAAGCAGGCCAAGAUUUCCUUGCAGGUUAUCAAGGAUAAUAUGGUUCGAAUAUCAGAUACUAUUGAACUGGCGAAUGAAUCAAUGAAGGUUACAGACGACCAGUUCAAGAAGAUCAAGAAUGCAAUGAUGUGGUGAAGCCUGUUUGUCGUGAAUAAAGUAAAAUGUUUCUCAGUGUUUAACAAUGUUUUUACUCGUACAAAAGAAACUAAACUAUGUGUUUAAUUUUUGUU